AUGUCUGGUCUUUUCGGAUCCAGCAGCACUUCCCAGGCAAACACUUUGGGCGACCUUUCGAAGGAUGUAGCUCUCACCCAACCUCCUCAAGACAGCAUCUCGGAUCUUUGCUUCUCUCCAGUCAGCAACCAUUUGGCGCUAACAUCCUGGGAUAAUAAAGUCAGGAUAUACGAGAUUAAUGCAAGUGGAGGCAGCGAAGGUAAGGCGCUAUAUGAACAUGAGGGCCCGUCUUUGAGCUGCCACUGGUCGCCUGACGGGAAGAACGUGGUUUCAGCGGGCGCGGACAAAGCUGCAAGACUGAUGGAUUUGGGUUCUGGAAAUACAACUGUCGCAACACAAGUUGCUGUACACGAUCAGCCUAUUCGAUGCGUCCGUUACUUCACGCACGAAUCUGCCAAUGCGCCGAUGAUUGUGACUGGUUCAUGGGACAAGACUAUCAAAUACUGGGACUUGCGUGCUUCGACACCAGUCGGCACGAUCCAGUGUCAGGAGCGAGUUUAUACGAUGGAUGUGCAAAAAAACCUAUUAGUUGUGGGGACUGCUGAUCGAUAUAUCAACAUUGUAAACCUGAGCGAUCCGUCUAAAAUUUACAAAACCUUGCAGAGUCCUCUGAAAUGGCAGACGAGAGUAGUCAGCUGUUUUCCGGAUGCUACUGGUUUUGCUGUUGGAAGUAUUGAGGGUCGAUGUGCCAUUCAGUACGUUGAGGAAAAGGAUUCUAGCUCCAAUUUCUCAUUUAAAUGCCACCGUGACCCACCACAGAAUAACAUGACGAACGUUUACUCGGUGAACGCAAUAUCAUAUCACCCAAUUCACGGCACUUUCAGUACAGCAGGCUCAGACGGCACAUUUCAUUUCUGGGAUGGAAUCGCGAAACACAGGCUAAAGGGCUACCCGACGACGGGGGGGACUUAUGACUGGAGUAAAGGCUACGCAAGUAACACUCCCCAGUAUCCGAAUAAGGUUAUGAUGCAUCCGGUGAAUGGUGAAGAGUGCAAACCAAGACCAAGUGUGAAAAAGCGAUAG